GACGCUCUGCUUCUCGCGCCUGCCGCAGCCUAAUGAACCUCGCCUCUUGCUGCGGUCUCACAACAAAACAAAAGGUCUUAAAAUCCGCGACAUAUGUUAAAAAACGAUAGAUCACCACAACCAGAAUGACGGAGACCAAUAAAACGCAUGUCAUUUUGCUGUCAUGUGGAAGUUUCAACCCCAUCACGAGGGGACACAUUCAUAUGUUCGAAAAAGCCAGAGAUUACCUACACAAGACUGGACGAUUCAUUGUGAUUGGGGGUAUCAUCUCACCAGUACAUGAUUCCUAUGGCAAACCGGGCCUUGUCUCAAGCAGACAUCGUCUCACCAUGUGUCAGCUGGCAGUUCAGUCUUCUGAUUGGAUCAGGUGGAUGCCUAGAGGACUCACUUUGCCUUGUUUUGGUUUCUUUUCUGCUUUUCAAGGGCCUUGUCUCAAGCAGACAUCGUCUCACCAUGUGUCAGCUGGCAACGAAAAUGCCAACCUUGGUACUGCAAUGCGCUACGAGGAAAUUGAGUUGCGAAUCCUGCUCCUUUGUGGCAGCGAUCUCCUGGAAUCUUUCUGCAUCCCUGGCUUGUGGAACGAAAGUGAUAUGGAGGUGAUUGUGGGGGAUUUCGGGAUAGUGGUGGUUCCUCGGGAUGGAGCUGACACAGAAAGGAUAAUGAACCAUUCAUCUGUGCUUCGAAAACAUAAGGACAAUAUAAUCGUGGUAAAGGAUGAAAUUGACCACCCGAUGUCAAUCGUCAGUUCCACUAAGAGCAGACUGGCUCUUCAGCACGGCGACGGUCACGUGGUGGAUUACCUGAGCCAGCCCGUCAUCGACUACAUCCUGCAGAGUCAGCUCUACAUCAAUGCUUCUGGAUAGGGUGGAGAAGUCCACUUCCGAGCCGUCAGUCAUCCCUGUCUGUCUCUCUGUGUGUAAUCUAGAGUAUAAUCCUCCUGUGCUACCACUGCUUUUCCAUGUAGAGGAGCAUUAAUCUGUCCUCCCCUCUUACUCGUGUCUCAUUGGGAUGUACAGCACUGUGCCUGAGGGAUCCGCUCCACCAAUCAGCUUUAAGGGACUGGGUGGGCUUUGGUGCCCAAUAGGAGGAAGAGGAGAGAGCCUCGCUGCCACUAUGACAGAGAAAGAGAGUGUUUUUGAUCGAAUGAGAUAAUUCAUUGCCUGCUAUAAUGUCGGUCUUUGCUGUUGAUUUAAUACUCUCUGUUCUUGUAGUUGCAUGCCUAAGGGUUUUCUUUCAGCGCAUGAGUGUUUAAAAUACCACGUAGACCAUAGUCUGUGGUUACAGUGUUUGCAAAAAACUGUGCUUAGACUCAUCUCAUCUCUAAAUACAUUUUCUACUCAUCAAUUAACUGUAUGUACAGAGAAAAUCUCAUAUACUGUAUUAUGCCUCAAUGUUUUGUCUUCAAUGUGCAUUCAUGUAUACGUGGAGUAUUUGGUUGCACAUUAAAGAAUGCGAUUUCAUUUACUUUGCUUUAGUGCACAUUUACUUCUCCACAGAUCCUUUUGCUCAACAUUAACCUGCUAACAUGCCACAGAUGUGAUGUCUAGUAAAGCCGGUCACUGCCUGUGCAUCAAACCAUUCGUUUCAGGAUGAGAUUCCUUGCACUUUUGCUUGUUUUGUGAAGAGAUCACAAAAGAGAUGACAAAAAAGUUGGAACAUCCUUUAAAUGAUUAAAUUAUGAUUUAAGCUGACAUCUGCUGCACAUCUAACACAACCUUUAUAAAUGAAUCAACGUGUAUUUGAUGAGAAGAAUAACAGAUUCAGCGAAUUAUGUAUGUUGUGCAUAAUCGAUUUUGCGAGUUUAUGGGAGGCUCCGGCUUUACGAUAUGAAGAAGACUUCCAAUAUAUUACUGUGAUUAUUGUUUUUCAUAUGAUAAUGCUUUAAGUCUCAGGAAAAAAAUUGUUUGAUUUUGAUUAUUUUAACCAGAGACUUUUCAUAAAUGAAACUAGAAGCCAGAAUGGUAAUCUUCAAAAAUGUAAAGCCUAUUAAAAUAUUGAGAUUGUAACUGUUACCACUUCAUACCCAGCGUUUACUACUGUACCUGGCUGUUGGCUGUUGUUCGUGUCACAUACAUUAAAAGAUAAAUAUAACACCCCCAUUUCAUUUUUUGAAUGGUAAUACUUCUCUAAUAUACAGAGAACUAUUAAACACACUGAUACCUCACUGUUUGUAUCAACAUAAAUUCAUGAUUUAUUUCCAUUUUCAUUGAGCAGUCACUAUAGCAACUAGUGUAUCAGGAAUCACUAGGAGACCAUGUAAAUUCAUUAAAAAAUAGUGGGAAAUACACCACAAAUAAUAUAUUUUUUCAUGGUUUUGACAUGCUGCAUUCUUCUGUAGUUCUACAACCCUCACUGCUUCCUUGCAUUCUUCAUGCCUUUAUUCAAAACAUAUUGUUGAUGAUAUUGUUUGUUUCUUGUAUUUUUAUUGCCCUCUUGCUUUUAAAUUGAUCAUAGACAUAAAUCUCCUUGUAUACAUAUAAAACACCAUGUAACAUUAUAAGGUUCUGUUUUUAAGAUGCUAAAACAGUAGAUCUUAAUUUUAGAGGUCAAUAUUAUUCAUUUUUUAGUUAGUUGUCUAUGGUGUAAAGCAUGUGUAAGUAUGUCUGCGUAAUGUCU